AUGUGAAUACCAAUUUCAUUUUCUGCCAUCUGUGGAAGUUUGGUGCUGGCAACAUUACCAGCUCAACUUCUUUCUAGUUUUUGACAGCUUUCAAAGCUAAAGGCUGAGCCAUGGCUCCAAGGAAAAACAAAGUUGCGAAAGAGGAGGUCCAGGUGACCCUCGGCCCCCAGCAUUUGGUGGGCGAGACAGUGUUUGGUGUUGCUCACAUAUUCGCUUCAUUCAAUGACACAUUCGUGCACGUUACCGACUUGUCUGGUCGGGAAACUAUCGCCCGUGUCACCGGCGGCAUGAAGGUGAAGGCUGACCGUGAUGAAGCUUCUCCCUACGCCGCUAUGUUGGCCGCUCAGGACGUCGCCGAGAAAUGCAAAACCCUCGGCAUUACCGCGUUACACAUCAAGCUCCGUGCCACCGGCGGCAACAAGACCAAGACCCCAGGACCCGGCGCUCAGUCUGCUCUCCGUGCUUUGGCCCGUUCCAGCAUGAAGAUUGGCCGCAUUGAGGAUGUGACCCCUGUUCCAUCGGACUCCACUCGCAGGAAGGGAGGCCGAAGAGGACGCAGGCUGUAAUCUACUAGGCUAAGUUUACUGUGGACUUUAAAUAAAGAAGUUAGCAGUA